AUGGACUCCUUCAAAUUCCUCUUCACUCUCCUCCUUCUUCAAUCACUGUCAGUAAAUUCAUCCAAUCUUUUCAGGGAAUACAUCGGAGCAGAGGACAAGAAUGUCACCUUUUCCGAUGUGCCAAUCCACCCGAAACUCGACUUUCACUUCCUCCUUUCCUUCGCCAUUGAUUACACACAUGAUGUUUCAUCUCCACAGCCCUCCAACGGGGUUUUCAGCCCGUUCUGGGACACCGGAAACCUCACGCCAUCCCGAAUUUCUUCCAUCAAAUCCCAACAUCCAAACGUCAAGGUUGGAAUGAGCCUCGGUGGGGAUUCUGUUGGGGGUAAAUUCGUGUUCUUCCAACCUAAAUCAACAACUUCUUGGGUCAGAAACGCAAUAUAUUCAAUCACUAAGCUCGUGAAAGAGUACAACCUGGAUGGAGUCGAUAUCGACUACGAACACUUCAACUCAGACCCUGAAACAUUCGCGGAGUGCAUUGGCAGAUUGUUGUUCUACCUUAAACAGAACAACGUUGUUUCAUACACAUCUAUAGCGCCAUACGAUGAUGACAGUGUGCAGCCUUAUUACUUAGCACUCUGGAAGAGAUACGGUCAUCUAAUCGAUUAUGUCAACUUCCAGUUUUACGCCUAUGCCAAGGGCACAAGCGUUUCUCAGUUCAUACAGUAUUUCGAAACCCAGACCUCUAACUAUGCAGGAGGAACCAUUCUCGUGAGUUUUGGCACUGAUGAUAGUGGCGGUUUAAAACCCGAAAACGGGUUUUUCCAGGCCUGCAGCAAGUUAAAGAAUCGGGGGAAUCUUCACGGGAUCUUUAUUUGGUCUGCAGAUGAUUCCAAGAAGGAUAAUUUCCUUUAUGAAAAACAGUCACAACAGUUUCUCGUCAAUAAUACAAUUUGAUCUUCAUUCCAACAUUCAUAGUACUGUAAUAAAGAUACUUAUUUGUCUUUUUCAUGAUUGAAUG